AAAGAGUAUUAUAAGACUAUACUAUGUCAGCAAAUUCCAAAACGCAAAUAGGAAGCACCGCCCUAAGUAGAAAGAUUGAGUUUCUGGUCUGUGAAGUGUUGUGCUGCAUUUGCACUUGGGGUAGUGAAAGGUAAAAAAAUCAAGUAGAAUAAAUACGAGAAGCCAUGAGCAGUAUUAGGAUUAUACAAGCUCUGCUACGAAAUCGGAGGUCCCUUUUGUCACUUUCUUCGUCUUUUUUGUCUCUGAAAUCAAAGGGAAUCCCUCUGUUCCGUCCUCCUCAGUUCCCUUCCUUCCAAAACACACGUUUGCUUCCACAGGUCUCACUUUGCGGUACCACUUUUCGGUUUGUUAACACAGCCGCAUCCUCUGAGGAUGAUGAUGACUCCACCGAUGAAGAAGAUCGAUUCCAACAAUUUGCAAGUGAGGCCAGUGAAGAAGGUGAAAUGUCAGAUGGAUGGGAGGAAGAAGAUGAAGCUGAGCCUAGGGUUGGUGAUGGGGGUGACGGUGGUGGAGUUCAUUUGCAAGGUGUCCCUUGGGGACAACGUGCCCUCUCUAUUGCUCAGGAGGUCCUGAUGAAGUUCACUGAUGACAUGGAACUAUUCUCUUUCAAGACCACUCCUCGUGGAUAUGUUUAUGUGAGAUUGGACAAAUUAACUCAUGAAUAUGGGUGUCCAAGCAUGGAAGAGCUUGAAAGCUACAGUCAAGAAUACAAAAAAAGAUUAGAAGUUGGGACACUUGGAGAAAUACCUGAUAAUUUAGCUCUUGAGGUAUCAUCCCCAGGUGCUGAGAGGAUGCUUAAAGUUCCUGAGGACCUGAAUCGAUUUAAAGACAUGCCUAUGAGAGUUUGCUACGCAGAAGAUGCAGAGUCCAGUUGCCUAGAAAAGGAAGGAGUGUUCCUGCUAGUUUCUGUUGAAAAAGAGUCUGAGAAUUGUGUGUGGAAGUUGGCAGAUGUAAAAGACAAUAGAGAUCCUUCAAGAAAAGGGAGGCCUUUAAGUCGUAAACAGAAGGAUUGGAGAUUAAACUUACCGUUUAAGAUGCAUAGAAGGGUAACUUUGUACCUCGAGUUCUAGUCAAAUGUUAUAUUCUUUAGUUAGAGAUCAGGAAGAUAGAGCUUUUAUUUCGGUCUCUUACCUUUAUUUUUUUCUUUUAAG